AUGGACGUCGCCCAACCAUCGAGCUCAACGUCCGCCCCCGCCCCCGUGCUCCCCACCACCUCCGUCCUCUUCGCCCGUGGCGUCCUCGCGCGCCUCGCCCUCUGGCCCGCCCUCCGCGCCGCGGUCGACAACGCCUGGGGCGGGCCCGCGUCCGCGGCCAAGCGCACCUGGCUCGCCUCCGUGCUCGUCGACGCGUUUGAGACGGAGACAGACCCACCGCCGGACGCGGAGUACGUCGCCGCGACGCUGCUUCAGGUGAUGGAGGACGAGUUUGACGUCGUGCUCGAGGACGGGAGCGAGGACGCGGUCGCGCGGGACGUCGUGCGCCUGUGGGGGGCCGUGAACGCGGGUGCGGGUGCGGGCGGCGAGGGCGAGAGGGCGGUGCGGGAGGUGGAGGCGCGCGCAGAGGGGGUGCGGGGGAAGACGGUCGAGGUCGAGGUCGAGGAUGCAGAGGUGGAGGCGGACGGAAGCGGGAGCGAGUGGGAGGACGAGGACGACGAAGGCGAGGACGAGGCGCCGCAGCUGCUGGAUCGCGCACAGAGGACGCCGAAGCCGGAGCCCGUCGUCGACGAGGAUGGGUUCACGCUCGUGCAGGGCAAGGGCAAGGGCCGAUGAUCGAGCACACCGCUGUCGUAUCUCUCCAAUCAAAAUACAUCGCACGAGCGAUCUGUGGGAUCGUUGUUUUGCUACUUAACCAUGUAUCAACUAUGUCGUGUACGUCGUGCGUCGAGGUGACCAUCAACCGAUCUACUCGAGUCAGUGCGCCUGCAACCCGUCUCUUCUCUCCUUCUUUUGAUCUGAAUACGUCUCCUCCAGCCGGUACUCUUGAAAAAUAUCACGAUUAAUUGUGACUGCAGU